UUCACAAAAAAUGCUUAUUUGUUGAAAUGGUACAGAAUUUGGUGUGCUUUGUUUUGUUGGAAAUAUUGCUUCCACAGUUCAUUCUCAGCAAAGUGCAUUGGACAAUAUCCUCCAAAAACGCAGUUUUCGGUGAAGAUAUCAUACUAACAUGUUAUUUAGAAGACAUAUCUACAAAUCCUAAAGAUUGUCCGGUACGUCAGUGGUCAGGCGGACCAAAACGAAUGGGUCUUGUGUACAACGGGUAUUCGUCUGAUAAGAACAAGUAUGAGGAAUAUAUAAAUCAGCAAUCCUUUGAAUUUUCGAUGAUUAUAAAAAACUUCACUGAGUUUGAUAUUAAUGUAAGUUACACUUGCUCCUGUGGAUUUCAUUCUUCAACAAAGAACUUGACACUAGACGUGAACACCUUUCAUUAUCCUCAGGCAGAAACAAUUACUACUUUUUCUGUGGAAAAUAAUUUUCUUCGAGUUUCACUUGACUUGCUUAAAGAGUAUCCUGUACCAAAUUGUUCCUUGUAUAUUGGUUCCAAUAAAGUGCCGGUUACGUACAAUAGGCAAACACCCCUUAAGUAUAAUGCUGAAUAUAUGUUAAAAGAAAAAGACUGUAGUGAGCAACUUGAGCUGAAGUGUACAUUUGGUAAUAUAGCAGAUCCAGUGAUCUUCAAAGGAAAUCAGACAUAUGAUUGUUCAGGUGAUAAAAGUAAACCAAGACAUUUAAAUGAUGCAACAACAACAGUUGCUUCACAUAAAGGCUCGACAACAACAACAUCUAUUUCAGUGGUAACUUUUGUCGCUGCUUUGCUUAUACUUACUGCAAUUAUUGCUUUGAUAUUGGUUGUUCGCAGAUUGAGGUACAGAGGUAGGAUGCCAGUUCAAACUUGAGAACGGGAAAGGAAGAAAAAUUAAUCAUAGUAAAGUGAAUAAUCAGUUAUUUAAAUGGGUAUUGUACGUAAUGUGAGCUGAAAACAACUGCGUCGACGCCAAUCUUCCAUUUAUUCAUUUUAGGUUCAACCUCAUUUUUUACGCUUUCCGAUAGGGGUAUAUAUAAUACAGACACUCGCAACAUUUAAGACAGAGACUAAGGGGGCCGUAUUCUGGUUUUAACACAUGCUAAUACAAUUAAUUAAUGUACAACGAAUGUAUUUAUAAAUUAUAUAAAUUUCCCAGAUUAUGAUUGGUCAUAUGGUAAUUGAUUAUUUAGUAAUUAUUAUUAUGUUUGUUAGAAAUAUUAAAAUAUUGAGUUUUAUUUAAAAUUGAUCACCAAUACUUGAUGAAUUCCAGGGGGGGGGUCUCUUCCUUAAUGAAGGUAUAUACAUAUCUGCCGCUUGAAUGGGUCCCUUUUUUGAUACGCCAAAUAUAUCAAUGGGGUUCAAUCUAACCGAGGAAAUAUAUCAAUAGGUAGUAAUUGACCAAUUGUGAUAUAUCAAUGGGUCAUAAUUUUUCAGUUUGUUGUGCAACGAUCUUCACUGAAUGGGUUAUGAUUUCGCUGUGAAAUAUAUGUAUAGGUAGGGAUUUCACAAUUAUUCAAUAUAUGAAUGUGGGGGGGGGGGUUUAAAUCCCAGCUGCACAACUGUACCCAAAAUCCCAUGUUGAGACCCCCCACCCCCUGUGAUGAAUUCUCUCCCGCUAUGAUGAGUUAUAAUUGAUAGUUAUUCCGUUACUUUUAUUUAAUACGUUGACUUUGACUUUGAGAACCACCUAUUAACUAUCUUAUAUUACUGACCAUGUUAUUUUACUUUACUAAAACCAAAAGAGUUAAUCAAAAGUGAUCUGUUUUGAAAGGGGAGGUAUGAUAAAUCCAGCUUUUUGCCAAAUUCUUAUAUCUUGUCAUUAAUAUUUAGAAAUAUGCAACAGUUUGAUGUAAUGUACAAAGAUGUUAAUGAUUAAGGAUAAAGCUGAGGCUCAUCUAUAUUUCGACCUUAAACUUUGCGUCACGUUUUAUCAUAUAUACGUCAACUUGGCAUGUUUAUGACGUCAUAGGACAUCACAAGUGACCGUUCUGUACUAAAGUGUCCAUAUUAUUAUAAUCUGUUCAUUUAUCAGAAAUCAAAAAUACUUUUGAAAGGCUUGAAUGAGUUUAGUAUUUUUGCAAUUACAGGGAACUUAUCAUACCUCCUUUUAAAGAAUACGUC